UUGUCCAAUUUCCAAUCCCACAUUUAUUUUUUUCGCCAAACUUCCAGAAACCUCUCCAAACGAAACUCCCAGCAAAAUGGCAGCUGCAGCACCACCACCACCGCCGUCCGCCGCCGCAAUCACCCUCCCGGAAUCCACUCCUUCCGGCCACACACUCUUCAGCCGCAUCCGCCUCGCCACCGUCGACGACGUCCCCCACAUCCACAAGCUCAUCCACCAGAUGGCCGUCUUCGAGCGCCUCACCCAUCUUUUUCAGGCCACCGCCGAUUCCCUCGCCGCCACCCUCUUCCCGCCAAACGCCCCACCGCCAUUCACCUCCUUCACCGUCUUCCUCCUCGAGCUCUCCAAUUCGCCCUUCUUCCCAUCUCAAAAUCCCCAUUUUACCCCCGUCCUCAAACCCCACCACCUCGAUCUCCCAAUCGCCGACCCCGAGAAGGAAAUCUUCAGAAGCAGCGCCGCCGGCGCCACCGGUGACGUCACCGUCGGCGGAUUCGUGCUGUUUUUCCCGAACUAUUCGUCGUUUCUGGCGAAACCUGGUUUCUACAUUGAGGAUAUUUUCGUGAGGGAGUGUUACCGGAGGAAGGGGCUAGGGCAGAUGCUUCUGUCCACGCUGGCGGCGCAGGCGGCGAAAAUGGGGUACGGCCGCGUGGAGUGGGUGGUGCUCGACUGGAACGCGAACGCAAUCAAGUUUUACGAGCAGAUGGGGGCGGAGAUUCUGCCGGAGUGGAGGAUUUGUAGGCUCACCGGUGAAUCUCUUCAGGCGUACGCUAACCUUAACAUUUGACUCUAGUCAUAAUUUUCAAAUGCUCGAUUUCGAUGAAAUAAUAUAUUUACCGAAGUUACGAUUUCUGUAUGAGCUUGUCGGUUUUAGUUUGUUUCCGGACAACUGUGUUAUUGAAUGGCGCAAACUUACUUCGAAUGGGAUUUUGUUAUCUGUUUCGUGUGUAUGUUUUAAUUGCUGUGGAUUAAUUAGACUCUUGCAAUAAUGUUCUUGAUUUUCGUGUAGUGUUAACAACGGUUGCCUUUUAUUGAAUUAUGAGUAGUUUCGAUC